AAUCACCAUCCCUUAAGAGCCUCCACAUUUACGACGGUCAGUGUAUAUAGCUGUGAUAGCCCUCUCACAAUGAUAUUUACAGAUACACCAACCAACAUGAUAAAGCUCAACGACGCGCCUGACCCGGAGAAACGCCUUUCAAGGAGCAUAUGCCCCUCCGCUAAAGCACUCUACCGCCGUCUCCUCCACAUUGCCAAAAAAUACAUUUCGUUCAUGGGCCCGGGAAUCAUGGUGGCUGUGGCCUACAUCGACCCCGGAAACUACAGUACGGCGACGUCUGCAGGAUCCACCAACCGCUUUUCGCUCCUCUUCUUCGUGCUUCUUUCGAACAUCAUUGCAAUCUUCCUCCAGUGUCUCUGCAUCAAGCUCGGGUCGGUGACCGGCUUUGACCUCUCGCGGGCGUGCCGUGAACACCUUCCGCGGAAGCUUAACUAUACGGUGUACUUCUUUGCGGAGGCUGCUAUUAUCGCUACCGACGUGGCGGAGGUCAUUGGCUCGGCGAUUGCGCUUAACAUUCUCAUCAAGGUGCCGCUCCCAGCGGGGGUGGUCAUCUCCUGUAUCGAUGUGUUGCUUGUGCUCUUGGCAUACCGUCCUGGCUCGUCCCUCAAGUUUGUCAAGAUCUUUGAGAUUUUCGUUGCAGCGCUUGUGCUCGCGGUUGUGAUCUGUUUCUGCUUCGAACUCUCGCGUAUCCCGUCGUCCAUUACCGUGAGGGAGGUUCUCAGGGGUUAUGCGCCAUCCAAGCAGAUGCUCGAGAACAAUGGUAUCUACCAGGCUACGGCUAUUUUGGGUGCCACCGUCAUGCCUCAUUCUUUGUUCCUCGGUUCGGGGCUCGUGCAACCGCGGCUCCGCGACUUUGACAUCAAGGAGGGCUACGUCCAGUUAUCUGAAGACUCGUACGAAAACGAAGAGAGCUACUUGUCCUACAGACCGUCCUUGGCUGCGAUUAAGUAUGCCUAUAACUAUUCCGUGGCCGAGCUCACCAUCACGUUGUUUACGUUUGCACUCUUUGUCAACUCUGCCAUCUUGGUUGUGAGUGGUGCCACGUUGUACGGCACACCACAAGCCGCUGAUGCGGAUUUAUACGGAAUCCACCACUUGCUCUCAACCCAGUUGGCACCAAUUGCCGGGACCAUCUUCAUGCUUGCGUUGCUUUUCAGCGGUCAGAGCGCGGGGAUCGUGUGCACCAUUGCGGGACAGAUUGUGGGAGAAGGUCAUAUCAAGUGGACGUUAAAGCCAUGGAAGCGCAGACUCGCUACCCGUUCCAUCACCAUCAUCCCCUGCUUGGCCAUCAGUGUGUCUAUUGGGAAGAACGGGUUGAACACUGCAUUAAACGUGUCGCAGGUCGUGUUGAGUAUCUUGUUGCCCUUCUUGGUCGCCCCAUUGAUCUGGUUCACCUCCCAGAAGAAAUACAUGCGCGUGAUGCUUAGCCAGCCGCGCUACCACGACGAUGUCAGCUUGCAGACCAUGGAGCCAGAAACGGAGCUGUUGUGCCGUGAACGUCGCUCCUCUGACAGAGACCAAGUCGAAGGGCCCGCUGAGUCGGAGAAGCAGCAAGAGGGUUUGGAGGUCGAAAAUACAGUGGAAGAGUACAAGUAUUUUGAUAACAGCUGGUUGGUGAUUGUCAUAGCGGUCAUGAUCUGGCUCUUCAUCAGCGCCUUGAAUAUUCUCGCCAUUGUCCAGAUGGCCCAGAAUGGUAUCUAGGUUGAAGCAUAGUCAUGAAAAUGCCUACCUAGUGUAUGCUCUAUUCAUU